ACCACGCGUCAGACGUUUUACGUAAAAUCCACCGCGCUCAAACAGCUCCAAAAAAGGAAAAACACCUGAAACCUGUUUCAUGUCAGAUCGAUACUCACAGCGUAUCGAUCACAGACCGAUCAGCCCGGGUGUGACUGCUCGUACAGGCUGCCAACGUUGAACCGGCUGGUGUAUGUGUGCAGUGUCUGUCUCCAUCUCCUGUGUUUGCUUUAGUGCUGCAGCCUGCUGGAGGAUCAGGUCUUGGUCUUGGUCGAGGGUCCUGCUGAGAGCAUGGACAGUGAAAUCCAGAGAGAUGGGAGAGUCCUGGACCUCACUGAUGAUGCCUGGAGGGAGGACAGACUGCCGUAUGAAGAUGUCACCAUCCCUCUGAGUGAACUACCCGAGGCCGAGCAGGACAACGGCGGAUCCACAGAGUCGGUGAAAGAACAAGAGAUGAAGUGGACGGACCUCGCCCUGCAGAGCCUGCACGAAAACACGCCAAACACUGGAAGCUGAAAGACUAAUCUGGACUCAGACGACAAGACAAAAACACACAUGCACACGGACGCCGGAUUCAAACACACGUCAUUCAUCGUCUUUUCACAUUUUAUUGUGUCUUUGGAAGGAUGUCCGAUGUGUUCCAGCUAAACAGAAAUGAUACGAAAAUGUAUUUUGCCGUUGUUAUUGGGUUUAUGUUGUAGUUUUAUAGAAAUAAAAUACUGUGUAAAAACAUAA